AUGAGCAAUCCUGUCCAGCCGACCGCCGCCCGAUCCCAGCUGACCGCACACCGGCACGGCCCUCCCUACUACACCAAUGGACACCUGCUCUCGGUGACGGCACCCGCCACCGUUAACGAUGCCGACCACCGAGGCCGGCACCCCUGGCAUCCGCAUUCCCCACUCCACGCCGACUCCUCACCUACCACACCCUCCGGCGCGGGCCGCAGCCUGACCGCGUCGAGAGCGUCGUCCCCGGCCCUCCGCAUAUCCACCGACGUGGCACCCUCGACGAUCCCGACCUCGGAUCCGCCCCACCCGACCGCCAGGGCAUCCCUCGACGGCGGCCACGCCUCGGCCACCUCGCCCGACGGCAAGCCGACCACCUUGCACCCCGUCGCCCAGACGCCCAGCAUCAAGACAGCCCUGGUCCAGAACUUUAGCAGCUCCGCCAGCACCACCAGCAGCGCCGCCCCGAGCCCCGUGAUAAGCGCCAUGGGCGACAUGACGCCGCUGCCUAGCCCGCUCCUGUCCGCCGACUCGCCCGGGCCGUGGAAGAGGCUGGUGGCCGGCACGCCGCCGCGGUCGCGGGCCAGGCUCGGCAGCGUCGGCGAGGACACGGUCCUCCGCACCGCCGCCAACGGCAGCACCCCCGACACGGCCGCCCACCUGUCGGCUACGAGCAUACCCAAGCGCAAGGCGUACCCGUCGCUCGACCCCCUGGGCCAGACGCCGCCGGCGCUGGCGACGCGCCAGCAUGACCAGGACCAGCAGAACUCGGACCAGCACGGAAGGAACCGCAGCAUAAGCGAGUACGUCCCCGAACCUCCCGGCAUCCCCAAGCGGCAGGCCACCGUGUCGGGACCGCACGCCAAGAAGUCGGACGCCGCGCAGGGCCAGGAGCUCCGCAUCCGUCGCGAGGUCAACCUGGCCGAGUCGCGGGGGAUGACGCCCGCUGUGGUCGCGAACCCCCCCACCCCUCCACCCAGCGAAUCAUCCAAGGACUCGACCGACGGACCCUCCACCGUCACCGCCGCCGCCGCCGCCGCCGCCGCCGCCGCCACCGCCGCCACCACCCGACCCAAGGACGACGACGACGCCGGCCGACGAGACGUCGACGGCAGCAGCACCGAGCUCUUCGAGGCCCGCGGGCGCUACGACGGCAAGAAGCGCCGCUGGAGAGCGCUGCGAUGCCUGGGUCAGGGCACCUUCAGCCAGGUCAUGCUGGCCACGAGCAAGGUGGAGCCCGACGCGGGCGAGUCGGCCGAGUCGCCGCCCGCGCGCAAGACGCUGGUGGCCGUCAAGAUCUGCGAGCACGGCCCGCGCGGGGGCGCCAACGAGGAUCGUAUCGAGAUGAGCCUCAAGCGCGAGCUGGAGAUCCUCCAGAUCAUACACCACCCGUCGCUCGUCGACCUGAAGGCCUGGAGCAUAGAGCCGUCCAGGGCCAUCCUCGUGCUCAGCUACUCGGCCGGCGGGGACCUGUUCGACGUGGCCACCGGGCACAGGCAGCUGCUCACGCCGCUGCUCCUGCGGAGGGUGUUUUCCGAGAUUGUGGGGGCGGUGCAGUACCUCCACGGGCAGAUGAUAGUCCACCGCGAUAUCAAGCUUGAGAACGUCCUGGUCAACCUGACACCUUCGGAGCUCUCGGAUCCGACGACGGACUGGUCGCGGUACCCCAACUCGAUCACGACGCUGGCGGACCUCGGUCUGUCGCGCCGCAUCACGCCGGACGAGAAGCUCGAGACGCGGUGCGGGUCUGACGACUACGCGGCCCCCGAGGUCAUCAUGGGCCAGCCCUACGACGGCCGCGCGACGGACGCCUGGUCGCUGGGCGUGCUGCUCUACGCCCUUCUCGAGUCCCGGCUCCCGUUCGACCCGCACCCGGGCAUGUCGGACACGCACCGCAUGCGCAGCCGGACGAGCCACCGCAUCGCCAGGGUCGAGUGGCGCUGGUGCGAGUACGGCGGGGACGACGGCGACCACGACGGCGACGAGGCGAGGUUCGCCGACAGGGGCCUCACGGGCGCCAUGGAGGUGACGGAGGGGCUGCUCAAGAGGGCGAGGAGCCGGUGGCCCCUCACCAAGGUUGCCGAGCAGCCCUGGGUUGCUGGCGGGGUGGCUGUCGAGGGGGGCCUGAAGUUUUGGGAAGAGCAGGAGGGUCAGGUUGUUGCUUGA